AAUAUAAAUGACGGUACUAGGCAUGAUAAGCGCAAUUAUCCGUAUGUUACAUGACGGAAAUUGACAUGGAACCGCGGCAAGUGUCAAGCUAACUCGACGAUACUUUGCAUUCGCGAGAAAGCGAAUCGGGAGCGUUUGGAGGUUAGGGGACGUAUAUCACGUAUACGAACCAUAGACGAAGCAAAGCGAUCGGCAAGAUGGCGCGCCUCGUAAAGUACCCAGCGUGCCCCGCGCGAUUGAUUUGCGCAUGUCAGUUGUACGCAUUGCAAAUGGCGGCACCUUGUUAUUGUUCAUGGCGUUUUAUGACUUGUCUCUUUAUAUUAGCGAUUAUGUCGAGUUUUUUCGCGAUCCCUGCCGCGCGCUGUGUGCUGAGAGUGAAAUAAGGGCCGCGCGGUGUGUUUCCGACUAAGAUCAGUGGCCGGGCGGUGUGGCUCCGUGUUGUACGGACGCGUGAAAUCCCGCACAGUGUCGGAAAGAAAUGGGGUAACGUUGAAAUUUUCCUGUGUUCAUACGGUAUCAAAUCGGCGCUGUGCGCGACGGCUCAAGCGAGGUCCGCUCCGACCGAGUCCGUUUGGGCCGCCGCGGAUCCGCGCGACCGCGUUAGUCGAGCGCGUUUAUGCGCCGUACGUAACGAACGCGGCUCGGGAAUAAAAAUAAUUCUUCGUCGGUUUUGACGGUGCCUAUCUUUGAGCAUGCUUGAGCCCACUUCACGUACACCUCCUCCGACGGACAAAAUGGUGGGCCCCCCCCGAUAUCCGAUGGUCUGGAUGCCUUAUUUCGAGGAAAAUCGUUACGUUGACCGCCGGGACGGCCGUCUCGCGCCACGAAACCGUCGAUCCCCGUCGACGCGCACGUCCGCGUUUCGCGCCCACCUAAAAAAAUGCUAUCUAUAACCUAUUUCCUAACGUUGUUCGAGCCCGCACGGGUGCCCCCGCGGCCGCUUGUGCACCCGUGGAUUUUAAUUGCCGUUCGCGAACGGUGAGACGGCCUAUCCGGGACCGCGAAGCGGUUACGUGCGCGCUUACGAUCGGCGAAAUAUCGACGGGAGGGUCCACCGGCGUCCAGGAUCCGCGGACGGAAAUCGUUCGGGGCUUUCCCGGAAAUCGCGCACAAAUUAUAACCUAGUAACGCUUAGUGGGCCUCACUUUUUGUUUAUGCGCCCAUGUUUUUGUCAUUUUCUUGCCGUUCUCGCACGAUCAGCCUUAUCGAUUGUAUAGUAAAUAAUAUCUUUCCGACAAAGUCCUCUGUCUCUCUCUCUUGUGUCAUUGUCAUUAAAUAUUAUUAUCUGUACAAAGUAUGAGUGAAUUCUGUCUUGAAAAUUUUUCUCCUUUUUUUUCUUUUUUUUUUUUUACGCUUAAUAGAGAUUAUAUUCAUCGUAUGUUUUGUAAAAUUGUAACGUACGUGCACACGCGUAACAGUAAACAAGAUUAGUAGUAUCGGUGUGAUUUGGGGCUGUCGCUGUACAAUUGAUACACGACAUCUCAUCAUCACACACACAUAUUGGAGCAACACCCUGAGGCGUUCCUAAACUCUCUGGGUAGUUAUGUGAUUUGUGAUUGUCAUGGCGGCAGAUAGUGAUGGUGAUCUGAUUGAGACGGUGGUAACGUGCGAGGGUGAUCUUACAGAUCCAGAAUUUCCUCAGAAAUUUGAAAUUAUUGUCGACCGUCUUAACGCUUUGCUUUGCAAAGAAACAGGAGAUGGGUUAAGAGUAAAUAAAGUAGAACCAUGGAAUUCUGUCAGAGUAACAUUUUCAAUACCCAGAGAAGCUGCUCUGCGACUUCGAGAGCUAGCAGCUCAAGGCUCUCCAACGCUUACACAACUAGGAAUACUUUCAGUGCAGGUCGAAGGAGAUCAGGUAAUAUCUUUAAGGAUAGCCAGUCGCUUUGGUGGAGAUGCACAAGAAAUUGUGUUACAUUCUGGAACUACACAAGAUGGUGGAGCAAAAUCACAAAACGAUGUUACUAAUACAGCUACUGUUGAUGCUAAUCCUUCAACUGCUUUGCCUGGUCCCAGUAAUAAUUCCACCAGCAUUUCGUCAGCACUACGCAAUGUUGCUCAGAUAAUAGCAGCUGGAACAUCGUCGGAAAAAGCUCCACAAUUUCGUUCUCCAAAUGUAGUUGCACCUACUGACUGUGAUCCUAUUCCACCGUUUCUUGCAAAAUCAGUUCAAUCUACAUCAACAAGCAAUGUUGGUGUUUCUGGAAGCCAGCAAGUAGCUAAUUCCAAUGCAUCGCCUAGGAACAACUACAAUGGUCCUUUCCCAUUUGCCAGUAUGACACAUGCUGCCCAAGCAAUACACAAUCGUGAAUCGCAGAUUACAACAAUUAAAAAUACGAUGCAGUUCAAGCACCAUGCGCAACCGCCGCCGCCGUAUCCAUCUCAGGAAAAUUUGGCGACGGUUACGGCAUUGACGACCGGUCAUACGGUCACUCAACCGGUCGUUACUGUUGGACAAUUAACGAAUCAAUACAAGCCCACGACGAUUGCUACAACAUCUAGUCUGUCACCAAACAGUACCAAUCUGGCAGGGAGUUCGAACGUUAGCGGAAAUCAGGUUGCCCUGUCCAGUCCAUUACUCGUGAAUCUUUUACAAAAUGAUGCUGGCUCACAUGCAAAUAACGUCGUACCUGGUCAGAAGAUGUUACCACCGGCUGUUACCGACAAUUCUGGACUUACCAAUCGUAUGAGACCCACUAAAAAACCUACAGUUAGAAGGAAAGAUCUCCCAUCGCCCAACGAGUCGCCACCAAAUUUAGAUACUUUAAGAAAUGAAGAUUUGAUUGGAGGAACGGCGACGACAACGACGACGACAGUUAUUCCUGAUUUAUCUCAAACUUCUACAUCGUCGGCAUUCGCAACUGUCAACGCUAAUCAACCGUCGUCGCUUCCACCGCAACAACAUACGGUUAAUGUAAUCGGCGGUAGCACCGGACAAAACAUGAUGCCGCCUCAAGCAGUGCAUCAAGUGCCUCCCAGUGGACAGAUGCAACAGCAAGCUACGUCGACUUUACACAAUCCAGUACAAACUCAACAAAAGUUUCCCAACAUUAGGCAAGAAUUAUCUUACAGAGCUUCACAGAUACAAAUGCAGAAUCAACUUUCUGCUAGGCAUCCGGUAAAUGGACAACAAAUUAGAACACCUUUACAACAACGCCAAUUAUUAUUCCAACAACAACAACAGCAGCAACAACUUCUUACACAACAAAUAAAUCAACAAAUUGUCCCACAAGUCUCGACGACGCAGCAAGCUCUACUUCAUCAGCAAAAUAUAAACACGUCGUUACACACUACAUCUCUUAACAAUCAGUCACUAUUACAACAACAACAAAAUCAGCAAUUGCUACAACAUUCGACAAUAGGCUUAAGCGUUCCGCAACAACGGCUAGGUUACUUAAACAGUCAACGUCAACAAACCCCGUCGCCCUAUCCGAGACAACCGGUCCCGCAGCAAACGCAUUUAAGUCAACCAAAUCAGGCUCUCAAUGUACAACAACAACUGCAUCACAAUCAAGUGAAAAACAUGAAUAUCAAUACUAGCGCGAGUACUGAUUUUCGUUAUGGACAGAGCCAAAAUAUCCUCAGUAGAAAUUAUCAGUCUCCCUCAACGAGCAAUGCUAAUGGGACCACAUGGAAUGCACAGAGCAAUUCUAUUCCGCAAGGUGCUCAAGUCAACACCACACGUCUGUCAGUCUCGAAUCAGGUUUCAGGUGCCUUUCCUCAAUGUGGGUCUCAUAUAAAUAAUUCUAAUGCAGCUAGCAUUGCUUCGUCGCCCGUUAUUAAAACAGAAACGUCCGAAUCUUUGAAACCGGAAAAAGAGGAUCCGGAACCAGAACCGGAAUACACUUCAACCGGAAAGAUACGACAAUUUUUAAUCAAUCCUUUAACAGGACACUUGGAACCGAUGCCCAGUGAAAGUUCAGAUUCAGAACCGGAGAGUGCAGUAGAUAAUCAAGACGACUUCUUCUCCUUUCCAUCUCCGUCAAACGAUAGAUCAAACUCCAUAUUUUCUGACGACGAUGCGGACAGCAAUUUCUCAAGAAGAAACGACACUACGACAAACACGGAUCAAUCUGAUUCCGAGACAACGGCCAAAUCCACGGCCAGCGAAGGAAGCUUAAAGCAUAGUAGAAUAAAAUCUAGCAGAGAGACCGCGCAUAGUCCGAUGCCAGGAGAAAAAAUCAAACUAAGAUUAAAAUUGGAAAAAUCCGAGCCCGUUACACCGGCUUACAAAGUUGACGUUUCUUUCGUGAAUACGCCGCCCAUGCGAAAAGCUGAUAAAACCAUGAAUAAAAUUUUCACAAGUGGCGUUCCAAGUACAGGAAACGGUGAUGAACCACUCCGAGUGCCUCCGUUACACAUUUCUUUAAGAGGACGUAACGCUUCAGUAGUACAAAGAAAAAAAGAAAAGAAGUCUCUGAAGGGUGAUGGUGAGAGUGAUUUACUCAAGAGGAGAGGUAAAUUGAAGAAGAUGAAGGAAUGUAUCGAUGGGAAUAGGUUGCUGCAAAAGAAAUCACCAUUGAGUAUGAUCAUAGGCACAUCAUCUGCAUCAAAACUACCUUUGUCCAACUCGACAAUGAUAAACAGUGCUAAUACCGUUUGCAAAAUGGGUAAUAUGCUGCAAACUGUUAUGGCCAAACCCAAUGCCUUAAAACAAGAACUACCAGUGGAUGCCGUACGACUACAAACUGGUACUAUUACUAAGCCAUGUUCGAGUAAGAACAGUGAUGUAGAUGAUAUACCACUAAAUAGUAGAAUACCGUCUCCCUCAAAACAUAAAUCUGCGAUUGUAAAUCAAUCUUUAAAUACUCCACAAGUUUUAACAAAGAGUCAAGUGGAUCUUGAUGCACAAAAUCACAUGCAAGAAUAUAAAAUAGGCGGAGGUAAAACAAAAAGAAGGGAUUCUAAGAAGAAAUCAGAAUCUGGAGAUGGUUUACAUCGGGAACAAAAUCUUUUGUCAGGAGGUCGAAUUUUAGAUAAUCAAAUGAAAUGGAGAAAGCUUGGCUAUAAGGGUGAUACAACCCAAUCAAUAAAAAAAUCAGACUCACUUUUAACUGGAAGUGAUUUUAAUACAGUCAAGAAAGUUGGCGAAAUUCGGAGAACGAGCGAUAGCGACAUUAAUAAAUCAGCAAUUGAAAAAAGUAAUUCAUUGACUAGUGUUGCUCCCAGAUUAACAGAACUUAAUGGUAUGAAGAAAGACUUAAUAAGUCAAGACAAGAGAAGGCGAUUAAGUUUAAUUGAUGAAAAAGAUCUGCAUUUAGGAGAAUCUCCAAAUACAGAAGUUACACAUUUUAAUAGUCAGAAGGCAGUUUCUGAAUGUUCUGGAAGUACAGUACCAAGUGUAAAAACAAAUGUCAGCCUAUCCUUCGAGAGCGAUUCUGGUUUAAAAUCGACAAAUUCAUCGGUGCAACAGGCCGACUCUAGGAAUAUAUCUAACAACCCUGAUAAUAAGAUACCUGUACACACAGAAACUACAACAAAAAUUUCUCAAUCUGUGGCAAGAAUACUUUCUGUCAAGUGUAAAUCUGAUAGGGAGAAUUAUAUCGCCACUGUCAAAAGUCAAAAUAUCGGUCAGCAGCUGAAAAAUCAUAUGGUUGCCAAAAGUGAAGCAAAUUCCAUUCUGAAUAGACACAAUAAAACAAUCGAACAGUUGAGUUUUAGUCAUAAGAAGACAAUUCAAAACCAUGUUGUAAAACAACAAAUCGAUAGACCGACGACAGAUAGCAAAAUAGAUAACGCGUCACAAAGAAUUAGUUUAUUGAAGACUACAUCAGGUAAUACAGUAAUCGGUAAUUCGGUGGACCAAGUCUCUAGAUCCCAGAACAUUGAUACACCUGCAACUAAGCCGAUCUUGCCUAUCGGUGAGAUAAAUGUGACUGAAGCAAAGGUGAAGCAAAAGUUACUCGAAAAUACAACAGUACCUAUUGGGAUCGGUGUUGACGCGAAUAUCGAAAGAGUCGGCAGCAGCGGAGGUGGCGAAGACUCGGGCAUCGAGUCGAUGGAUGCUCUUUCGGAAAAAUCACCAAACCAAGGGGAGUCACCUUUGCAUAGGCCGGCAUCGGCAACCGAAUCAGUGACACAGAGCAGCGCCAAGAAUGUAAUACAGGGGGAACCCACCUUAUCAACCACCAAUAAGAACGUGCCUUCCUCAACUAGUAGUAGUGAUAUGUGUUCAAAUUCCCAUUCGGAACUUCUCAAGUCCAGUGGCCCGCAAAGGUUAAGUCCUGUGUCUGUAGCGAGUUAUCUUGAAAACCAGUUAAAUCGCAAUAUAUCAAACUCCGGUGAGCAUGACACAAAGAAUGUGUCUAGUGAAAAAUCGUCGACAAUUCCGAGAACUGGACAAAGUGAUUUGAUGGCUAGUUUAGAUAUAGGAAGUAAUGACAAAAGUGUGUCCAGUCCUUUAGUGACGGGAACAAUGACUGUUGUGACAGCAUCUAUAACCAGCAGUAUGAAUAGUGAUAAUAACUUAUUGCAAUGUGCACAUCAACAAGCAAAAGAUUUUUCUGAUAAGGAUAGUUCUAGUGUUAAAUUAGAGAGUACUGUUAACCAAAAUGAUCAGGGUAAGGCAAACUCUAAGCAUGAAGACUCGAGAGCUGCGGAAAGCGUAUCUGAAGACAGUACGAAAGCGAUUGUAGAAAGUAACAGUGCAAUUAGAUUAAGUGAUGAACCUCACGGACAGAAUAAUAAUAAUAAUAACAAUAACAAUAAUAAUAAUGAUGGUGUGCCUAUAAUACAAAAUCACGUUGCUUAUAAUAGUAAAGUUGACACGAUAAAACUCGAUAGUGUGCUUGCAAACAAUACUAACACGGCGACGGAUAAUUCUUGCUCGAACAAUGAGAAUUGCAAUCUAGAAAUCAAAGUCGAAUCUAAAAUUAACGUAAAAGUGGACGAUACUAGGCAAACUGAUCGGUUCGAGGUUUCAAAAAAUGGUAACAUUUCACUGAAUACAAAAUCCGUCAAGUUAGAAACGUGCACCGAACAAAAUCAGAAGUGUAAUGUACAAAGUCACCAGAGUCAGAUCAUGCUCAGAGAAUCUUCUGUAAAUCUACAAAAAGUGACAGACGAUUUAGUCAAAAAGAUGGUUAAUGAUUCGAGCGAAUUGAGCGUAAGUGGUAUCCAGUCACCUCUCGGCGAAGAUCCGCAGCCUAUUAGGAUUACACCACCAUUGUACACGUAUUCCAAUCCCGUUGUUCUGCAACGAGACGAAACUCCAAGUCCGGCAGCACAGAAUCCUGAAGUAGAUUCUAGCGAUGUGGAACAUCUCAAGCGUAAACGCAGAAGGAAACAGGAACUCGAGGGACGACAGGAUAUCAUAUGCAUAGAGGAUAACGAUGAGGGACAUUUUGUGGAGAGGCUAAAUUCUAACAAUUCGGAGGAAUAUAUCAAGAGACCGCCCAAGUCAUUGCUGGAACAGCUUCUAAUAGAUAUUCCAAAUGAUAACAAUGAGAAGAGAUCAUUAAGAACCAGGUCGCAAAAGUUGAAUAGUCCGGAUAUUGCAAAAACUCCGAAAAGCAGCCCCCACGGUCCUAACAAAUUAGAGGAACGCCGUAGUAUAUCACCCUACGCGAAAGCAAGUCCGAAAUUGGCGGUAUCGAAACUGUCUCCUAACGCGACAAUAAAAAUAGGGAAACGGAAAAGACAAGAAAGCGAGAGUUCCGUUGCAUCGAGCACAGCCGACGAUCCACAGCCAAGACCAGGUAAACGGAAAUGCUCAGAGAAUGCAGCAGAACUUAUUAAAGCUUGCAUGGGUGUAGAAGAGGCUGGUUCUAUAAAGAAACAAGUGCCUGGCAAGGAAGAGCAAUCAAAGAAGGGGUUCAACAUAUUGACAAAAGCUAAGAAAGGUCCCAUUGUGGUAGAAGUAGAUUCGUCUGAUGACGAACCAUUGAUUGAAUCUGUAGGAAAAGCAAGAGUUCGAUUGUCAGAUGAAACAUCCGCUGCUUCCCCAAAGCCUAAAGAUCAAAAAGUGCAAAGAGAGAGCCGUUUAUUAACUACCAAGCAGCCGAGUACGGCUAUGGCGACGACGACGACGAUGACGGCAACGACGACGACGACGAUGAUUACGAUGACUACGAUGACAACGACGAUGACGACGACGAUGACGACGAUGACGACGACGAUGUCAGCUGCGGUGGUGGCGACGACAACGGCGGCAGUUACUGUCGGGAAGGAGAGAUUACGAGGCACUUCUGUAUCUAGCAACGAGUCUGUGGGCGAAGUAACGACAAGAAGAUCUGUACGGCAGAAUACAGCUUCACCGCUAGCUACACCAGCAAGCAAUACUAGGGGUGCGUCUAGAACCUCAGACGAUAUUAACAGAAGGAAAACUCGUAGUGGUGCUGCGGGCAAACAUUGUUUUAGUAACAGCGGAGACGGCGGAGCAAGCGAAACGGAGGCGAAUAUCCCGAGAAAACAAAUGACCUUCGGGAAGUGACCUUGACAGUGAUUAGCUACCGUCGCUCGUCAAGGCCUAUCAUCUGUCUGAUUAUAAAUCCGACAUAAACGGGUAUUUGAUCGCCGUGUGGCUGGAUCCCACCUGGUGAAACUGUAUGCGUCACAUUAGCGCACAACGUUGCUGUAUAUGUAUCGGGAGUAUUGUGUCAAAAAAGAAAUGCUAGACGGUGUGUGAAAGCAUUUUGUGCUUUAAAACAUUUGUUGGCUGCUAGUUAAGUUAGUCAUACAUGAAAGAUAGUACUUUCCAAUUUUUUUCUUGCUCGUUCUUCACAUUUUUUCUUUUCUCUUUCUUUCCAUCUUUUUCUUUUCUUUAGCUUAUAAGAAUUAUGUUGUUAUGACAUUUAAAGAGAGUUUUGUAUAUUUAAUAAAUCAUUAAUUAUAAAUUGUUAUGUUCUUAAAUGUUUAAGAAUAGCGAACAAAAUAAAAACAAUCUACUUUGAUUUUUUUCUUUCACCGUCUAGCGUUUUCAUUUAUGUUGUACUCCUAUAAACAGCAAAGUUUAGUUACUCAGAUUUUACUUGCUCACAACGCAUUAUAUACUAUAAUCUAAGUAACUGAACUAAUUCAAAACUGCCGAGAGAUUGUAUGUAACUUUCUUUUACCAGUCAGAUGUGUCAUUCUAUUCUCAAUAACUAAAUUUCAUUCUUCAAUGUGCAAUUUUCUAACAUUAUCGUCUGUUAGAUGUAAAACAAGAAACUUCGAGUUAGCUUUAGAAAGAUUUAAGAAAAUUAGAACUAUUUAUGUUUCGAGUAUCAUCUUCUCUCAUAUUCAAUUUCUUUCGUUCAUUGUAUCACUACAAAAUAGUAGCGG